CAAGCUUCCCGUGACACCACCCACCUUCUGACGCCACUAUGCAAGACUAUUCGCCUAUCUCGGUCUUGGAUGAGCAAUCGGUUGAAUCACAGGCCUUGCCAUGCACCACAACAGAAGUAGCACACACCCCGAGGGGCGAGACAAAGGACUUGAGCUGACGAGUACGCCCUGUUGAUCAUCUGGACUCAACUGAACCCCUCUCUAUCAGCCACCAUUAACAUGAACUCUAAAAAGAUAGUGGAUUCGGAUAGCGAUCGGAAAGUACUUCUGCCUCGACCUCUGUGCUCUAUAAAUUGUGAGCCAUGGCGCUGCUUAGGCUCCUCGGCUCUUGGUCCAGUUUAUGUCUUUGCAAAACGCCAGAUUGAAAAAGCAUACAUUGCUCUGAAGACACCACAAAUAAGUAGUCGACACUGGGGUAUCGAAUCACUACAAUAGCUUUUCCAGCUUCCAAUCCCAGCGGUCAUGAAACUCGACCAAAUCAUGUUCGGCACGAAUACAACCGCCAAACCUACAAUCAUCUUUGUGACUGGAGCCUGGCACAAGCCUCAGCUCUAUGCACCGCUCUUGGAUGGUCUAAAGAAGACCCGCUUCCCUGUCGUGGCACCUGCCCUUCCCUCGGUUGGCGGGACUUGCGAGAACUUCAAUGAAGACGUCAAUGUCAUCCGCAAAGCCAUCGCCGACGAAGUCUCUCAAGGCAAUGAGGUCGUCGUCCUCAUGCACUCCUACGGCGGCGUAGUGGGAAGUGCAGCAGCCCAAGGAUAUUCAAAACAAGAACUUCGCAGUGGAGGCGGUGUAAUCCGCAUGAUUUACCUCACGGCAUUCGCCCUGGAUGUCGGUCUCAGUCUUAUGGAUGGCCUGAAUAACAAUCCACUCCCCUGGUGGCGAUCCCCUAACGACAAGCAAUGGCAAGCCGUCAAUACUUCUCAAGUCUUUUACAACGAUGUCGAUCCUGAGAUAGCAGAUCCAUUGGAAGCACAACUGGAUCUACAAGCCAAAGGUGUUUUCGAGAGCAAACAAACUUAUGCAGCUUGGAAGUACAUUGACUCCACCUAUAUCGUUUGCGAGCAAGACAAUGCGAUCCCUAAGCAGGCGCAGGUGCACAUGGCGAAUCAACCUGGAGGCAAAUUCACGAUCGAGUACUUGGAUGCUGGACACUCGCCUUUCUUGAGCAUUCCCAUGCAGACCGUAGACACCAUUCGCAAAGCAAUCUGGGAGCCCGUCUAAACGACUUAUGAGAGCAUGUACCCUUAUGAAACAUGGACGAACCGAGGAAGGUGUAACUACGCAAUGUAUUCAGCAUAUUCUAUGAUUACCAGAUUUCAACCUAACACUGUAUCACGUCUGGCCGAUUAUCUCUCAAACAUAUCGUUUAUCACCAACGCGCUGAACUAUGACGUAUGUUUGUGCCACUUUUGACUUUGGAUAUUCAAGGUGGCUGGAAGAACAGGGUGAUACCCUUUACAAUGCUUUCCAAGGUCGACGACGAUGUUGCAGCAGCACCACGCUAUCUACAAUACCAUACACUAUAUAUAGAUGAUCUUUACGUAUAUCUGUAGACUUAUCAUGAUUUUUGUCCUCAC